AUGGGAAACACUCAAGUAGAAGUGGAACUCCAGUUCAACGAUUCGGUAUCGGCAGAACAAAUCCCAGAAGCUGAUGUGGUGGUAGAUACCUUGGUACAGGCUGUGAAUAGUCCCAACAACACUUUCAACUUAAGUAUUGAUCCAGAUUCAAUAGCUGUCAUUCCUGAACAACCAACAACCACUGACAGACCAACAACUCCGGGACCUACAACCACCAAUGGAACAGGGACCACACGUGGGCCAACAACUGCAUUGACCUCAGUUCCCUCACCAAUUGUGUCUGUUGAAGCAAUUUUGGAGGAACCUUUUGUGGAAGAAUUCAAUGAUCCCAACAGUGAACAAUACCAAACUCUACAAACACAAGUGGUAUCAAUGUGUGACUUCAUCUUCUUCCAAGCAUUUGGAAAUAUUUUCAUCAGAACCAUUGUUAUUGAAUUUCGGCCACAAAUGGGAAACACUCAAGUAGAAGUGGAACUGCAGUUCAACGAUUCGGUAUCGACAGAUCAAAUCCCAGAAGCUGAUGUGGUGGUAGACACCUUGGUACAGGCUGUUAAUAGUCCCAACAACACUUUCAAUCUAUCGAUUGAUCCAGACUCAAUUGCAGUUAUUCCUGAACAACCAGGAACAACCACCCAUAGACCACCAACUCAUGGACCAACAACCACCAAUGGACCAAUGACCACCCGUGGGCCAACAACUGCAGUCACCUUAGUUCCCUCACCAGUUGUGUCUCUUGAAGCAAUUUUGGAGGAACCUUUUGUGCCGGAAUUUAAUGAUCCCAACAGUGAACAAUACCAAACUCUGCAAACACAAGUGGUAUCAAUGUGUGACUUCAUCUUCUUCCAAGCAUUUGAAAAUAUUUUCAUCAGAACCAUUGUUAUUGGAUUUAGGCCACAAAUGGGAAACACUCAAGUAGAAGUGGAACUCCAGUUCAACAAUUCGGUAUCAACAGAUCAAAUCCCAGAAGCUGAUGUGGUGGUAGACACUUUGGUACAGGCUGUGAACAGCCCCAACAACACUUUCAACCUAACUAUUGAUCCAGACUCAAUAGCAGUCAUUCCUGAACAACCAAGAACAACCACUCACAGACCAACAACUCGUAGACCAACAACCACCAAUAGAUCAAUGACCACUCGUGGACCAACAGCUUCAGUCACCUCAGUUCCCUCAGCAGUUGUGUCUGUUGAAGCCAUUUUGGAGGAACCAUUUGUGCUAGAAUUUAAUGAUCCCAACAGUGAACAAUACCAAACUCUGCAAAAACAAGUGGUAUCAAUGUGUGACUUCAUCUUCUUUGAAGCAUUUGGAAAUAUUUUCAUCAGAACCAUUGUUAUUGGAUUUAGGCCACAAAUGGGAAACACUCAAGUAGAAGUGGAACUGGAGUUCAACGCUUCCGUAUCAACUGAUCAAAUCCCAGAAGCUGAUGUGGUGGUAGAUACCUUGGUACAGGCUGUGAAUAGUCCCAACAACACUUUCAACCUAACUAUUGAUCCAGACUCAAUAGCAGUCAUUCCUGAACAACCAAAAACAACCACCAACAGACCAAUAACCCAUGGGCCAACAACCACCCCAGUAUCAACAACUCAUGGACCAGCAACAACCCUGGUAUCAACUCAUGGAUCAACAACCACCACUAGAUCAAUGACCACUCAUGGACCAACAACUUUAGUGACCUCAAUUACUUCACCAGUUGUGUCUGUUGAAGCGAUUGUAGAAGAACCUUUUGUGCCAGAAUUUAAUGAUCCCAACAGUGAACAAUACCAAACUCUUCAAUCACAAGUGGUAUCAAUGUGUGACUUCAUCUUUUUGGAAGCAUUUGGAAGCAUUUUCAACAGGACCAUUGUUAUUGGAUUCAGGCCACAAAUGGGAAACACUCAAGUAGAAGUAGAACUGCAGUUCAACAAUUCGGUAUCGAGUGAUCAAAUCCCAGAAGCUGAUGUGGUGGUAGACACCUUGGUACAGGCUGUGAAUAAUCCCAACAACACUUUCAACCUAACUAUUGAUCCAGACUCAAUAGCAGUCAUUUCUAAAAAGCCAACAACAACAACCCAUGGCCCAAUUACCAUCCACGGGCCCACAACUCACGGACCAGAAACCACCCAGGUUCCAAUAACUCAUGGACCAACCACUACCCGGGUUCCAACAACCCGUGGACCAACAACCACCCAGGCAAUCACAACUAACGGACUAACAAACACUAAUGUACAAAAGACCACUCAUCGACCAUCAACUUCAGUCCCCUCAGUACUUUCACCAGUUUUGUCUGUCGAAGCUACUGUGGAGGAACCUUUUGUGGCAGAAUUUAAUGAUCCCACCAGUGAACAAUACCAAACUCUUCAAACACAAGUGGUAUCAAUGUGUGACUUUAUCUUUUUGGAAGCAUUUGGAAGUAUUUUCAUCAGAACUACUGUUAUUGGAUUUAGGCCACAAAUGGGAAACACUCAAGUUGAAGUGGAACUUCAAUUCAACAAUUCAGUAUCGAGAGAUCAAAUCCCAGAAGCUGAUGUGGUGGUAGACACCCUGGUACAGGCUGUGAAUAAUCCCAACAACACUUUCAACCUAACGAUUGAUCCAGACUCAAUAGCAGUCAUUUCUGAGCAACCAAAACCAACCACCAAUAGACCAAUAAUCCAUGGGCCAACAACCACCCCAGUACCAACAACUCAUGGUCCAGCAACAACCCUGGUAUCAACUCAUGGAUCAACUUCCACCACUCGAUCAAUGACCACUCAUGGACCAACAACUUCAGUGACCUCAAUUACUUCACCAAUUGUGUUUGUUGAAGCGAUUGUAGAGGAACCUUUUGUGCCAGAAUUUAACGAUCCCAACAGUGAACAAUACCAAACUCUUCAAUCACAAGUGGUAUCAAUAUGUGACUUCAUCUUCUUGGAAGCAUUUGGAAGCAUUUUCAUCAGAACCACUGUUAUUGGAUUUAGGCCACAAAUGGGAAACACUCAAGUAGAAGUGGAACUGCAAUUCAACAAUUCAGUUUCAAGUGAUCAAAUCCCAGAAGCUGAUGUGGUGGUAGACACCUUGGUACAGGCUGUGAAUAAUCCCAACAACACUUUCAACCUAACGAUUGAUCCAGACUCAAUAGCAGUCAUUUCCGAAAAACCAACAACAACCACCCAUGGCCCAAUUACCAUCCAGAGGCCCACAACUCAUGGACCAACAACCACCCACAUUCCCACAACCCAUAGGCCAACCACCACUCAUGGGCCAACAACCACCCAAAUUCCCACAACUCAUGGACCAACAACCACCCACAUGUCCACAACCCAUGGGCCAACAACGUCUCCGCCGCCAGUUGUCAUUCUUUCUGCGACUUUGGAGGAACCUUUUGUGGAAGAAUUCAAUGAUGUCAAUAGUGCACAGUACAAAGCUCUUGAAACACAAGUUGUCACGGCGUGCGACAUCAUCUACAGGGCAAGAUUUGGUUUAAUCUUCAUCCGGACCUUUCUCAUCCGCAUUAUCCGCGCGGUGGUCGUCACACGAAUGGACAAAACGGAAGUGGAAGUGGGACUCCAGUUCAUGGACACGGAGUCAACCCCGCAGAAUGACCUCGUCGUUUCCACCUUGCAGGAAACACUCAGUCAACCCAACAACACGUUCAACAUCAGCAUUGUUGCGAACAGCAUUCAAGUCAUACAAUCUCCACAUAAAGCAAACUCAACAACGGCAAAGCCUGCUUCUACUACAAAAAAGGCAACAACACCAUUGCAGUUCACAACACGGACGUUGAGGUUUACGUCAGUGGGCGAGACAUUCACCAGUAACUUGCUCAAUCAGUCGUCCGCUGCGUUUAUUGCUCGAGCAACGAUGAUCAAGACAACACUUGAGCCUUUCUACAGCAGCGCCUUUUCGUCAUUCAACUCCUUGAUAGUUACGUCAUUCAGUAACGGCUCAAUCAUCAACAACAUGGUCCUGAGGUUUACAUCAGGGUCGGUGCCCAACAACACCGCCAUUGGGAAAGUACUGAUCGACGCCGUGCCGAACAUCACUGCGUUCAACGUGGACAUCACAUCCAUUUUUGUGAACGGAAUGCAGGUUUCCAGUGGAGUGUGCCACAAGACGAGCAUCAUCACUGCAUCCUGCCUAGCGCUGUUGUCGUGGUUACUGUCCAGCCAGUAUUAGCAUCAGCACCAGUGUAUAAUGUUAAUAUAUAGAUCUAUAGCUAAUAUAUAUUUUCAUUGCAUUUAAUGUGUUAGAAUUGAACAAGGUUCCCAAACUGAGGCUCAGGGGCCAAGAUGGGUAGACAUUUUUUGGAGUUGCUAAUAAAAUAAAGUCAUUAAGUUACAUGAUGGGUGUUUCUCCUUGAAAAAUGGGUUUUAUAAAUAUUACAGAAUCAAACUAAAACUUGCACGAACAGUCGAACCUUGGUUAGUGUCCGACUCAACUGAAACAUACUCUAGCCAAAUACAGUUUUCCCAUAAGAAAUCAUGAAAAUCCAAUUAAUCCGUUAACACAAAAUCCAUAGUUUUACAAUUAAAGUUUUACAUGCAGAAAACAAUUCAAAAUGCAUCUAAAUACAUGUAAAUGAUGAAUGAAAGGGAUAAAUAAACAUUUAAGGUUACUUUUAUUUUCAGUGAAGACGUGAUUGUUGCCAAAGACACAAUAUGGCAGAGAGAUCAACAGACACAACCUUUGUGUUUU